UUGGGUUUCAUGAAUCUUUCGUUGAGAUUCGUUCAUAUGAAUUUUCAGUGAUGAGUGAUUCGAAUCUCGAGUCGAAUCUCCAGCAACUCAUGAAUCUCUAAAGAUUCGCGAAUCUCCAAGGAUUCAUGAAUCUCUUAAGAUUCAUGGAUCUAUAAGAUUCAUAAAUCCAUUAAAAUCCAAAUGAAUCCUUAGAGAUAUUCAUGAAUCUUUAGAGAUGUAUGAUUUCCAAAAUACAGAAUUUGCCCAAUCCCAUCUAAAAUUUGCCAGUUGUCGGUUGAAGCCUCGCAUGGACCGUCUACCCGUAGCAAAACAAACUAUCAAAAACAAAGCCUGUAUAGGCUGGCAUGACCACGUAGGUUGUUACGCUAAGAAGAAGAACAAUAAAAAGCUCAAGCUUUUUGAUUCUUUAGAGAUUCAUGAGUCUUUCGAGAUUACUGAAUCUGUUGAGUUUAAUGAAUUUUUCCAUAUUCAUGAAUCCUUGAAGAUUCACGAAUCUUUGAAAUUCAUGAAUCAUUCCAACCGAGAUUCAGAUUCAUUGAAUCACUCCAAAGAUUGAUUCAGAUUCAUGAAUCUGAAUCUGAUUUACCCAAUACUAGUUCCAAUGACUCACUCGUUAUGCGGGAGACUCUUUUUCAUACAAUUUGUAUGAAAAGUGAAAUAAUUGGUUCCCGGUGAUGAAAAGUGGCAAUAGUAAUGCAUUGAUCAAUUCUUAGUAUCGAAAUUCUCGCCUUCAGCUGAAGCAAAAAGAUCAAGAAUGCAAGCAAGUCUCCAAUAUUGUCGAGACCCCAAAGAGAGCCUCCAAUAUUAUCAAAUAAGAAGGACGGAAAUGGAGCAAUUAAACUGAAGACAUUACCUAACUUACUCCACCUAUCGAUAAGCGCUGCAAAACUCCCAGCUCCCCUAUCUGUUCUGAAAAGAGUUAUCUGGACGUGAAGUGAACGUGCCCAUGGUUCACCUCGGAUUUUUUCGAUUUUUGUAUGACUUCGUGAGCUUUGGAAUUGUAGUGGGCGUUAAUAGGGCCAAUCAUGUGAGUCAAACGUAAAAGUGUCAAACAAAACCACCCUAUACUAACGGACACAAAAUUUGUAUUGUACAAACUUUUGAGUGAUUUCUUAUUUUUUUCGGAUCGUAAUAGAAAAUCAGCAAUUUUGACACUUUUCUCUAACACUCAAGUCGCAAAUACAUUGGCCCUAAAGUUUCGGUUUGUUUGGAAUGGGUUUAUUUGACACUAUUCGGCCCCAAAAUGUGUCACCUACCUUAGGUCGAAAAUACACGAACCUGAAUUUCGCGGGCGCGUAAUUCCACCUUUCGCCCAACAACGCGUCAUUCAAAUUACGCUAAUGGUUUCGGAACGCAUUGCCUACUUAGCUCGAGGACCGACGCUACCUUAUCUAAUAUUGAUGUAAUAUUCUGAUGAUAUUGAAAUUAACUCUUCUAGUUGCCAUGAUUGUUAGCCUUCAUGUAUAUUACCAAAAAUACGUUCUUGAAGCCUUAUGAGCUAAAAAACGCUUUGCCGUUCAUCUUGUAAACAUGAUGUAUUGUUUAAUUUUUUUUUUAUUAAAUUAUUUAAUGUACACUUUUUGAUGCCAACAGAACUGUAUCAAAGCUAUUCUCUUUCAUGGAAAAGCACAUGUAUAAUUCUUGACGAUGAUGGAAUCAAUUUAUUAAAGAUACAAAACCUCUUUCGGUCCUAGCCUCGGCGGGACGUAUACUAAAGUUGAAAAGAUACAGAGGCGGUUUUUAUGACCCCUGCCAAAACAGAGUGUCUCUCGCAAUGCGUAAGCUCUAGCAGUUUGGUUAUCAAUGCUUUUUAUCAUUGAAGCGCAAAAGAUUAAAUCAAUGUCCCCUAUAUUCGACGAGCUAAAUGGCCAUUUAAUCAGUGGUUGUCAAGAACGAAAUAGGGUAGAUUUAUAACAGUUAAUCGUAUAAUGUUUUCUAGAAAUUAUCAGAUUUUGUUCUAUAAAAGCCUUUUAUGCAACGGCUAUCAUAAACCAAUCAUUUGACUGUGAUAUAAAAGAAUCAAUAACUUUCUAUUCCCAGCAAGCAAAAUUAUUCAACACAUUUUUUUGCUGAUGCUUUUAUGAACUGUUAGUUAAGAUGCCGACCUCUGACAUGAGCAAUUUUUGCUUCAAUUUUACAAGCCACAAGCUGUUACUACUUUCAUAAGUAUUCCAGAUUUGAGAGCAGAUGCACACGCGCCUUCAAUAAACAUGUAUAAUCAAAGAAAUCUUUCUAAAAGUUUCCGAUGGCAAAAGGAAAAGCCAUCUUUGCAGCACAACCAAUUACACCCGGCAGUCAACCAUAACGUUAAAGCAGUUUAUGUCGAAAAGUGGUUUGUAAGGUAUACUAUACAAAAAAGAUUAGUUAGUUUUUUAGUACGCAUUUAUAAUAAUUUAUCCUACAGUUGCAAUGGUGUUUAAAACAAUCACGGGUAUAGAUUUAACAGAUAGAGUAUCAGAUUGAUUUUGCGAAUUAGGUAAAGGUAAAUUAAAAGGCGUAUUGCUGAUUUAUCUCUUUAAACAAAUGUACCGUGGUAUCAUCAUUCAAUCGUUUGAAAAACUCUAUAGCAUUUAACUAUUGCCUAUUAGGUGUAGCUCUCGUACGGUCGUAAAUCAUCCCCGACCUAUGGGUCAGGCCAGACAUCAGACUCGAUUUUCUCGUGCAUUAUCAGACUUAACUCAGUGAAGCCAAUUUUCUUUAUUGCACAUAUUUCCAGACUACAUCGGAUGGUGGUUUUAUCCAGCCUGAGCUUUGUGAUAUACGGUUCAGUGUGGAACUUGCUUAGUAACUACUUGCAUAAUCCACUCACUUUUUACGUGGAUACGGCACAGUAAGUAAGACAAUAUAAAGCAUAAGUAAUGCAUCGCAAGCGAGUUUUUAUAUGACGAGUGAGUCACUGGGAGACAUGUAUCUCGUUAGACUAGGGUACACUAUACUGUUGUUUGAUUUCCCUUCCCUAGUCCUCCAUGAAGUAAAAAAAAAAUCAAAUAAAAUGAAAUCAUCAGAUCUGCCAAAACUCGCCUUGUUAGUGAAAAGGACAAAAAACAGAGGAUACGUUAUUUUCUCCCCCUAAUAGCUUGCAUUGGAACACAACAUUUCCAACUGUUACACUCUGCCAGGUGGUUAAUGGUGAAACAGUGGUAAAAAUGGCAGACGAAUACUUUGGCGUAAAUCGUGACCCAAUUAUUGACAGUCUCAUCAUUGAUAUCGCAUUUUACGGGGGUACAUGCUAUUCCUGUGAAGAGUGUCACUCAAGUACAUCGCACAACACGUCGGUGAACUGUGCUGCUUUACAAAAUUUCACCGAAAUAGUACGCCGUCAUCGGGCCCCCUGCGAAGAGCUAGUCAUCGACUGCCACUGGCAAAGGGUGUCGUUUGAUUGCUGCCGAUUGUUUCGUCCGCUCGAUACAGAAUUUGGGCGUUGUUUUAGUGUGAAUACGGCAAACCACCAUGAUCUAUCUGGGCCACCUUCUCGGCGACUCACGAGCAAUCGUGAAACGGGUCCAGGUUGGAUAGGAUUUCGAGUACUGGAGGACGUUCAGCUCUAUCUGCACGAUGAAUACAGCGUACCACAUGCAUAUGUCGAUCGCUCACUGCGGGAAACUGUGCUGUGGGGCAUGCGUAAGGAGAUCGUGGUACGUGUGAUAGAGAUGGAAAACAAAGAAACGGUGCACGAUCUGCCGAUUUGGCGUCGCAAUUGUCGUUUCCCUUGGGAAACUGUCGAUAAAGAUUAUCAACUGUACCGCCACUACAGUUUCUCCACGUGUUCUAUGGAGUGUUUCUGGAAAACACAACACCAGCUUUGUAACUGUACGCAUCACUUAAUGCCACAACUUCUAAAUCCUCCAGGAAUCGAAACACUUGAAUCUCAAAUGUGUUCCUUCGAAGGGCUCACCUGCCUCACCGAACAUUCGGCGGAAAUUGCUCAGGCUCGUAAACAAUGUGACUGCCUAUCAUCCUGCGUUGAAUCAGAGUACUUCGUGGUACACAAAUCUGAAGAUUUCUUUGCGGAAAAUGAAGAGGAGGAAGGCUUGGUUAUAGUUCGACUUUUAUCGUUACCUUACGAAAGAUUCGUGCGCAACAUUGUCAAGACGGAAAUGGAUCUGUUCAUUGCGUUCGGCGGUUUGAUUGGACUAUUCUACGGAUGGUCGCUUCUGACAACUAUAGAUUUUCUUAUAACGGUUUGUCACCUCGUCAUCCGGUUCAUCAGCUCCAUCUUUAACUAAUAGUUUGUGAUAGUGAGAUAUGAUAGGCAAGUCAAAAUUGUAAGGAAAUUGUGUAAGAAAGUUUUGAUAGAGUUCUCAUAAAGCUCAUAUCCAAUGAAAAAACCCCUUGUAAAUAGCAACUCUCAAUAUAAUUUUAUUUAGUUUGCAGCACUGCAAUUCAGAGCACUUGACGCAUUUGAAUACUGUAGCUAGAGUUUUGAAUACUGUAAUAGAGGCUUGGGUGUAAUGUUAUUCAUUCAAUUCCAAGUCCAUGUCGAAUUAGUGGUGGCACUGUGCGGGAUCGAUUCCGUAGCAAAGAUGAAGUAUCGGGUUGGGUGCUCAUAAGUCUUGGAAGUAUGUUUGGGCCGGUAUGACCGAAUAUAUCCUUCCGUCUAGGUAAAAUACAUUUUUCAUAAGGAUUACGAUGGUCGAUCCGAAGAUAAUCACUGAUUGUACAUGAUUGCGAGAGCGAAUAUUACUUUGUCUAUGAAAAUGUAUGGAUAAUACACACGUGGAUCCGACAACUGGACAAUCUAGUAU